AUGUAUCCCAAGAAACUCUUGUCUUUGGCCUUGAGCCUUUUUGUAGUGGAGUCGGUAGUAGCCGGUCCCUGCAAGCCGAGGACUUCCUCUGCCACUUCUGAGGCCUCAACUACGCUCGCUGAAUCUACGACCACGAUCCUCCCCGUACCCUCCACCACGGAUACCAGCGUGGCAAUUAUUGAGACCAGUACUACCGCUGGAACCAGCGAGGCCGAGACCGAGACUGCUACUACGCUUUUGACCAGCACCACAGCUGCAUCAGUUAGCACUACCACUACUGAGGAAGAAACAACCACAGCGGACGAGACUGCCACUACUGCUGGUGAGACGGCAACAGGAGCAGAGACAACAGUCACGACCGAGGCUGAAAGUACGACUGGGGAGACAGCUACUACCAGGGCUGAGACAACAACCGCCGCCGAGUCUGGAACUACAGCUACCACUGAGGCUGUAACCACGACCGAGGAGACAACCACUGCAGAGGCUCAGACAACAACCACCGCAGAGGCCGAGACUACUACUACAGAGGCCGCUACUACAACCGCCGCAGACCCCGGCUGUGCCCAAACCAUUCUCCUAGCCAACCCGACUCCGAUUUUUGACGCACAGAAUGGCAGAUAUGAUGAUGCCUACGACAGCGUCACUGCACCUUUCCCCAUCGAGUUCUUUGGCGCUGCCUCAAGCAAUGUCUACGUCAGCACGAACGGCUUUCUGUCACUAGACGAGGGCGCGAGUGCUUAUUCCAAUAACGAAUUGCCCGCCGGGAACAUCCCGAGCACUAGCAUCAUGCCCUACUGGGACGAUCUGCUGAUCACCGAGGGCACCUGCAACACAGGCAUCUUCUACGACGUCUAUGAAACCGCCCGCGGCAACACGUUCACUAUCGAGUAUAAUGUUGGCAGUCUUCGGCCUGACCUAAUGGGCACGGGUGAGCACUUCUCGGUCAGUUUCUACGAGGACCAUCCCGGCUUGAUCAGGUUUGAGUACUAUCAGACCACGAAACAUGGUUCUAGCGCAACUAUUGGUCUGCAGAGUGAGCAACUGUUCUCCCAAGUCUCUUACGACCAAGAAAACUCUAUCUCUGAUCAGUACUUCAUUGAGAUUGAAACGACCGAAGAAGGAGGCUCGGUUAUCCGGAGAGGUUCUCUGUAA